AUGACUCCUCACAUCGACAUGGACCGGCCUAAAACGAGUAGUAUUUUAGUGCCUGUCCGGUCUCCUUCCCACAAGUCAGUCCGAUUUUCGAGCGUGACCGGUUCCCGAGUGGGGGACAGUGCCGACCGAGCUGGGUCCCUACCCAAGGCAGGGUUUCGAGAAACAUAUGCCGUCCCCGACAGCCUUAAAAAGAGAGCACCGAAGGCGUGGCGCAACAGCAGCGGUGAGUUCCUUUUGGAAGACGUCAGCGGUUCGUCACAUGAAAAUACCUACGCUAAAAUUUACUCCCGUGGUGACGUCAGUGAUCAUAGGUCACGGCCAACUGUUGGCAGGAAAGAGUCCGUACGUACUGUCAUCGUCAAUAAUUUGCAAGAUAUGGGCGAAAUUGAACGUAUUCUAAAUGACAGCAGUUGCGACGGCUAUAUCACGUCCGAGUGUGAGCGGAACUUACGCGAGAAGUACGGCCUUCACUUCGAGCAUUCUUUUGUGAACAUUGACAAGCGUGCGAAGAGCUGUUCUCUGCCUGCCAAUGUCUCUCCCGCGGACGUAUCUAUGAGUUACAUGAACGACACCUCGAUGUACGGCUCGAACAUGUCAUGCGGAGGAGGUGCUCUCAUGCGCCAGAAAUUACGUGGCAUCGUACGGCGUUACUCAGAUCUCAUCCAUGCUACCGCAUUGGUGCGCAGGGUCGUCUCCAAGGCCAGGAAACCAAGCUUGAGUAGGCGCAACGGAGCUCUGAAAGCUUCCAAAAUUCGAGUGCCGUCCAUGGGAGUGGAGACCGUCAUAAAACCUUUGCUGACGGUCAUUCCUGAGGCUAGUGAAAGCUCAACGGUUGGGGAGGCUCUCCAGGAGCGGCUCCUCAGCGCCGGAGAUGGAGGCAAGACCUGCGAGGAGAUCGCUUUGGAUCUCGGCAACGGCGAUUUCGAGCAAAGGCGACAAAGUAGGGCCACGAACGGCAGCGUUGUAUUGAGGGAGAAAAAGACAUUGGAAAGCGUUAAGGAGAAGAGAAGUUCGGCUCGGGAGAGCGGAUGGUCUUACAUCGAAGUUAAAAACAGCAAGAAGCUGCGGUGCAGUAAACUCUUGUCGAGUGAAGAGAAGCGUUGCGUCAACAACAGCUACCGGAACAGUUGUGUCGCUGAUAGAUCCUCGCUGACAGAAGAGGGCGCUUCAACUUCAUGGCUCCUCGUCCUCUACUCCCCGGAGUUUGCACCCAAAUCCGCCAAAGUUAAAAGUCAAUUCGUAGAUGAGGAAGUCGCUUCAGCCGACCAAGAUCCUCUAUUCUACGGUCGACUCUCUCAGCUACGGCCCUCCUACUCCGAUACUUGCUUAGAUUCACCGCACCCUCGACAGGGGCUUGCUUCGUUUAGUUCUGCUUCUCCUCCGGUGCAUACUUCCACACCAAUUUUUGAUUCCAAGAAGAGAAAAAUAUCCCAAGGACAGUCUUUGAAUAACACUUCAUUAGCUGACAACAUAGGUCCUUCAGUAGUAAUCAAUAGCAAUCGCUUAGAAAAAGAAGUAUUUGAAGGAGUUACUUCACAUGUUGAUCCAAGGAAGCAGCUUUACUUCACCCCGAAGAUUUUAAAGAUGAACUCUUCUCGCGAUGAAUGCAACGCGGUCGUUAGUUUGUAUGCAGCCACCAAAGUAAUGCCGAGCUGCGGGUCUCCCUUUGUAACAAUCGAUAUGGUGCCUAAAAGCGAGGCAAUUGUCAUUCCUUUCGUACAUCAGGAUACGCGGGAUAAUGUCGCCAAGAGACUUGCUCCCGAGAAACCGCCCAGACUCUUUCUGCCAUUGUUCCAGCUCCCGUAUCCUGUUCACGUCUCCGACACUCACGUGAGGAACAGGGUUAGCACCUUACCUUCAAGUGAAGUUUCCUCUUGCUCUGGUAAUUGUAAUGUAGAGUGUCGCAUAGGAUCUCGACCGUUGUUGGGGAAAGUCCAACCUACAAGUAGUGCUAGUGCUUUUUUUAAAGUUAACAAUGGCCAAGUGUCAAAGUCCGAUAUUUGUUCUUCGGUUUUCUCUACGUUCAGUGAGCGUCCUAUCUGUCAUUCACAAGAAGAUGUAAAUACGUCACGUCGUCCUGCGGGUGAUGUCGCUCCAAUUGGACCAUCCAGCUUGCCUUGCUGUACAGAUCAAAAGUUGCCGCUUCAGUGUCAGCCGUCACAGGCUGAUCAAGAACUAACGCGUCUCGGUCCAUCUAAUGAACAUAUAACGAUAGCAUCACGUGACCACGCCAUGGUAUUCUCGGUUUCCUGCUCUAACGGGGCUGAUUCUGGCAAAUCAAAAAAUAGAAAGUCUGCCUGCAAGCUCAAGAGACGCCCAUCUGUACAGAAAGCGAGAAACGUAAACGCCGCCUUACUAUCGUCUCAUCGACGUAAUCUGUCACGUCCUGUGCAUGCUAGACCUCCUUCUCUUCCUUUGCAAGCAGAAAAUUCAUCAAGUGACGAGACUACAUCAAGUGACGAACGAACAUCAACUGACGAACGUACGCUCAUCACCACUGAGUGGACAGCGAAAAAAGUAGCAUUCGAAAAUGUUGCUGAUGAUGAAUUCAGUCGUUCUGAUGAGUUUAUUACCCUGGCAGACGAUAGCAAUCAUGAAUCGGCUACUAAUACAAAAAAUGACGUAGAAUGCAAAGUGAAAGGAAAUAGCGCCCACGGCCCUUUCCUCGGUGAAGAUGCGGCUAACGUUCCGGUGAGCCAGAAGAGAGUAAAGACCCUGAGACGUCGGUCCAAGGCAAGUUUUAGAAAAUUGUUGUCCGAAGAAACCCACAUUGAAAUAAGACCGAAACUGGUCAGGACAUGCAUGGACGAAAUGAAAUUUUCCGUAGAAAGUAGCACAAAAGUUAACCUAGGAUUGAGAGGAACUGCUGUUCCUGUUGAGGGAGACGAAAGACUACACUGCAAUUUUCUAAUGCUUAGACCUCCUCGUUCAAAGAAUAUCCCUGCAGGGGAAAGUUUUGCACAUAAAUUUUCACACUCUGUCGGUUUAAAUUCUGCUCCUGAUGUUCCUGAUGUUCAAACCUGCAAAGAUGUGAGCCCAUUAUCCAGUCAAUUAGUAAAAACGGCUGCUUCAUUGAUGGCAACUCCAAUUAGGAACGUCAGAGCACGUGAACCAAUUAAGAAAAUCCCAUUGUCGUCAACUGGGCCCACUGCCGUGGUUCCUUCUGUCGGCAGUAAUUCGACUGACACUGCAUACGAGACGCGUGGCUCCGACAUGACCAGCAGUAACGGUCGCAAGCCUCUUAUAGCUAGUAAUUAUGAUACGCUGUGGCCUAUCUCUUCUGAAAGCAACAAGGCAGGAUUUUCGAUCUCAACCAAUGAAGUUCGAAAAAGUAAUACUGAAAUGAAACCUCUUCUCUAUAGUGGCAAUGAGAAAAUAUUGAAUGACGGUCUUGGUGUGAAGAAAACUGAAAAUAUUCCCAAAACUUUGUCACACAAUGAAAAGAAUGACACGUCAAAAAUACACGCCGAAAAUACAACUAUCGCUUUUGACAAAAAAGGAGAAUGUGUAUCCCUGCCGAGCACAGCAUCGCCUGAACAUAACCACAGCAGGCAGUUCUGUGACAUGGCCCCCAGCGUGGAAGCUCUUCCCUCGUCGCACAGGAACGGCGGUAAUGGCGACAAUUUGGGCUGUGGGCUGAGUCUGCUCCCCUCUUCUGUAAGCCAUCAGCUUCCUUCAACAAAUUCCUGUCUUCCAAAGACUUCUCUAUCUCCCUCCCCUCGUUCCACAACCUCCUCCUCACAUUCUUCUCAUCACCACAAAGGCUUUUCCACGGCCACCUCUACCUGUUCUUCAUCCACAUCGUCCGCCUCGAUGGGUCCCCCGGUCUCCAGCAACGGUGCCACCACGCACCACCUCGCGUCUGAUCCUGGCGGGGGCGUAGAAAACAGAGAUGUUGACGCUCAUCACGACCCCAGCAACGCCUUCAAGAUACAUCUCAACCUCCACUCCUUCAGGCACAUGAAAUAUGCCGACGGCACUGAUGUUAAGGAGCAAGAUAGCGUGCAGAAACUUAUUCGCAAAAUCGUGGAGCGCGAGAGCGGCAUGGCGCCGAUGUCAGACCCUAGGCCAUGCGAAAAGAUGUUUGCCAUGCGCCUCUACAACCACGAGACGAAGCAGUCGCAGUGGCUUCAUCCCCACCUCACCAUGAGCCAGUCCCUUGACUUCACGUUCGGUUAUCUCUAUGAGCAGAUCCUAAACGAGUAUCUCGGGGAGGAAGAAUCAAGCCUGGACGCUGACACAGUCAUCUACCUCGGCUCUCUCCUGAUCAAGCGCAACGACAGAUCAAUUCAGGCGUGUUAUUUCGAGAAGAAAAGCUACCUGGAGCAGCUGGAGAAGAGCCACGCCUUGGAGAAAUAUUUUCCUGCACACUUCCUGAAGGUGACUAAAGUCAAAGCAAUACGCAAAGGGCUGCUGGCUCACUUCAAGAAGGUGGAGACGCUCAGCGAGUCUGAGUGUUGCAUCGAGUUUCUGGAGGUGCUGCUGAAGAAGUGGCGUACCUUCAACCAGGAGACCUACAAGUGCGAGCUCGCGACGAUCAUUUCUGUUGAAGUUGACGUGAUCAUCGGUCCUGCCUCUCCGGCUCAAGGCAUCUGCGUAUCAACAAGCGCUGAUCCCAGAAAAACCCUGGUAGGCGUGUUCGAACACGUGCAGCAUAUCGAGACACGCCCUGACCACGGCCGCGUUGAAGUACAAGUUAAGGUUUCCGGGAAGAAUGAGCCGCUGAAAAUAGUAUGCAGUGACCUGAUCGUGGCAGAGAACAUCGCUACGCUCAUCGACUGCUACUGCAUGAUGAUCAACAAAACGGACGCUUCCUUGUGGAACACCAAAGGAGGCGUAUGGAAACACUUGCCGUGUGCCUAUUUACCGCGCUCUAAAACAGACGGUACGAGCGGCCAGAGUCGAGGAGGUCGGACGGGUGGCGACGACUACGCCGAGAUACAAGAGGAGGAGGGCGACUACAGCCAGCCUGCCAACAGAGACUACGAGCUGGACAGAAGCAGGCUGACGCUCAACGAAGUUUUGGGAGAAGGUCAGUUCGGUGACGUGCAGAAGGGAGAGUACCGCUCGCCUACUGGAGACGUGGUCGAGGUCGCGGUCAAGACGUGCAAGACUGACGCGUCAGAUGGCGAUGUCACUGUCAAGUUGCUCUCUGAAGCCAAGAUCAUGCAGGACAUCGAUCAUCCUCACAUCAUUAAGAUCAUCGGCGUCUGCUCCUCUAACCCAUUCUGGAUUGUGAUGGAGCUGGCCAAGUUUGGUGAGUUGCGAGGCUACUUGCAGCGCAACAGCCAACUACUGCUCACCAGCACGCUCGUCAAGUAUUGCUUCCAGCUGUCCUCGGCGCUCUCUUACCUAGAGAGCAAAAACGUCAUCCACAGGGACAUCGCAGCCCGCAACGUGCUCGUGUACAACGAAGAGACCGUAAAGCUCGCAGACUUUGGCUUGUCUCGCGGUGUGGAUGAAGGCAAUUACUACAAGGCGGGCAAAGGCAAACUACCCAUCAAGUGGAUGGCUCCUGAGAGCCUAGAGUACCGACGCUUCUCUCAUGCCAGCGAUGUCUGGAUGUUUGGCGUUUGCAUGUGGGAGAUCAUGAUGCGGGGAGUGAAGCCUUUUCAAGGCAUCAACAACAAUGAGAUCAGCGAGCGCCUCAAGAACGGCGAGCGUUUGCACAUGCCCCCUGACUGCCCGUCGCUGCUCUACACCCUCAUGAGCAAGUGCUGGACCUUCGAGCCCAACGAGCGACCCAGCUUCCGUCAAGUCAAGCAUGAUCUCAUAAAAAUCCUGGACGAGGAAGAAGGCCACGCGGAGGAAAUGAUCAAGAGAGAGAGCCGGAGACUCACCGUUAGCAGCUGGGGAGGUGCAGACGAACCUCCUCCGAAGCCUGCAAGAACACCGCUGCCAUACAUGGAGAGCAACGCCAUAAUGGGUCACCCCAACCUGAGCGCCGUCUACUCACUGAGUCAGGUGGGUCAAUCAGGAGCUGCCAAGCCCGUCAUUAGGCCGGGGGUGCUGAAGCCAGGCCUACGCAAGAAACGGUCUCUUGGAGGAGGUGACUCGGACGGAGGGAGUGACGACUUCCUGGAGGAUGAAGGCGAUGCUCAGGACGAAGCUCCAAUUACUUACAUUGUGGCCGAAACUCCCGAAGUUCUCAGCCGACUCAUGAAAGAAAAUAAGAAAGUCAAUGCCCCCGGAUCCUACUCCACGCCCGCAGCAGCUAUCAAUACCAUGAAGGUUGCGUUCGAAAGUAACAGCGAUGAACAGCCUGUGCCGCUGCCGAGUGUUGCCUCGUCGUGUGACAGCGGCAGCACCAAGAGCCUCAGUGGAUCCGUGCGCAACAUGACACUCGCAAGCCUCGCGUCAGGUUACGGCUACUCAGGGUUUGUGGCACCGAGUGUGUCAUCGCCCUCACCCUCUCCUUCCGACGGCGCUCCUGCUGCUGCUGCUGUAUGCGAAACAUCGCAUCGCGAAACUUAUGGCUGUCGCGACUACGGCCAAACCCAAACGCCCGAGAGAGCUGACGCUGCUGUCGCGCAACGACGCCUCUCCUCCAGUGGGGCGGACUACGGGUGUUUGGGGUCGAGUGGGCGAGGCAUGGUCGGCUACGGCGGAGUGGUGGGUGUUGGAGGUUUAACUCAAUCCACUCUUGCGUCUGCUGCUUCCUCCAAAAACUUUCAUCUCAAUAGCCCGGCGCCUGGCGCACCCAUAUCUAACUUAACUAACCGCUACUGUUUGGACCAAAGUGCGACUAACGUAACUGCCAUGACUAACAGCACCGACCUAACUGCAUCUGCUCUCGCUCCUGAUAGUCACUCGAGCAGUGGCACAACUUACGGCAGUUUGCCCCACUACCAUCAAUACCAGAAGCAGCAACAACAAAUUAAUCUCGUCCCUUCAACGCUUCCUCACUCAAGCAUAUCUCACGCAUUUAACUCCUCUGGAUAUUCGCCACACUCGUUGCCAGGAUAUCCUCAAGAUCCGUUCGAGAAUGAUGGCCGUUAUCCUGAAGUUGGGCAGCCCAUUUACGAUGGCGUUCUUGGUUUACCGGGUGGUCCUAAUCCUCCUUAUGCACAGAAUAAAUCUCAAAUGAUGUCUCUAGCGCGAUCUCGACAACUGCAGCCAAACGUCAUGGAUCAGCAUCGUGCUUUCAUGCAGAAUCCAGCAUCUUUGCCCCCUGCUCACCCAGUGUCACAGCCCGCGCACUCUAUGUUCCAGUCGUGCAACGUGUUCCCAGCUUCUGCACAUCAGCCUUCUGGAAUUUUCCACUACCCAUCAGGCCAAACAGGCAUGGAAGCAGGAGCGGCGUCGCCCAAGAGUGGCAGCCUGAGACGAGGUCUUCGUAGCUUGGGAGGAACCCUCGAUAGGGAACACAGUAAAGGGAGUGGUGGUGGAGGCACUUUAGAAAGAGGACGAAGCGCUGGUGGUACUUUAGAGCGCGGGGGCAGUCUUGGAGGCACUCAAGAACGAGGCCGUAGUCCUGGUGGUACUCUAGAACGAGGCCGUAGUCCUGGUAGUACUCUAGAGCGAGGCCGUAGUCCUGGUAGUACUCUAGAGCGAGGCCGUAGUCCUGGUAGUACUCUAGAACGAGGCCGUAGUCCUGGCGGUACUCUAGAACGCGGCCGUAGUCCUGGUAGCACAUUAGAGAGAGGACGAAGCAUCGGCGGUGCUCUUGAACGAAUGAACAACAAGAGUCCGGGUGGUACCUUGGAACGUGAACGCACUCGCAGCGGCAGCGCUAGUGGAACGCUGGAACGCGGAGUGAACCGCGUGGGUGCGGCGCUAGAACGCUCCUCCUCCAGCACCGGAGCUUCGACAGAGCGUUCUGGUGGUGGCUCACCGUACUACUCACCCUCUUCCACCCUCCACAAGCGUGCUGGGAGUAACCCGCCCAUGCCAGCGCCUGGUGCUGGCUUCCACCACGCCGGUUACAACGACUGGGCAGCGUCGGGUGUCGGGUACGAGGUGCACGAGCCAAGCACGACCGACGUCGCGGAGCUGGAGCGACGACUCACAGAGACGCGCCUCAAGGAGCAGCAACGACAAAUGCGUGAAGAUAAUAAGUGGCUUGCGCAGGCGGAGAGUUCGCAGCGUAUACACGGCCACGGCAAGGCGAUCGCCGCUGACCUUCGCGACGCGAGCUCCGAGCGCCAGUCGCACCUCGCUGCGUCUGCUGACGAGACUGCUCCUAAAUCUCCAAACCUUGUUAUCAAGCCGCCAAAGCCUACGCCAACCGCAAACCUAGACCGCACCAACGAUCAUUUCUACGAGCUCACGAAGGAAGUGGUGCUCGCGGUCACCAAACUGAACAAGGUGGUCAGCAAUAACCAAAGUUAUUUAUACGUCCAACACGUCAUGGGCAUCGGCACUGUACUGAGGAAUCUGCUUGCCGCGGCUGAACCUUUGAUGCAACAACUGCCGGAUGAACCAAAAAAUAAGGUCGCAAUGGCCCACCAGGUGCUAAGCAAGGACAUGAAGGAGGCCGUCGAAGCAUGUAGAGUUGCCGAGAAGAAUUCCAACAAUGUUCUUAGCUGCGAGUACAACAAGCGUCUUCAAGCGGCGGCUCAUGUUGUGGCCAUGGACUCUAAGAAUCUAUUGGACGUCAUUGAUGAAGUUAGACUUCAGUACGGCCUAUUACAUAGACUUGACUUAUCGUCCAGUUAGUUACAACUAAUUAUUUUCAUAAUUUAGCAACACAGUCAUCGUUUUCCCCUUUUGAUACAUUAUUAUGUGUUCAAGAACAGUCGUAGUUUACCAUGUACAUAGUUUUGCAGCCAAACACUUUAGUGAUUUUAUGCGCUCUCAUUUUAUUGCGUUCAUCCGAACACGUACACCACUAAGCCACUCUGUUUACUUGAGUUUCAGCAGAAAUCGCCACACUUUUCUUUGUGAUAUCGAACAGGAUUCACGGAUUCUUUAGUAUUCCGUCUUUGUACAUUUUUUAAUGCUAAACUCCAAACGUUCAGUGCUGAAUGUAACGCCGUGCCGAGUUAUGGAAGCACCUGAAAAUUACUCAUUUAUUUUGUACAUCUCAACUUUCUUGGUCUCGAUGCUUGCAGUCAAGUCCUGCGAUCUCACACUUCAUGAAGUGCUCCACAGUGCCAAGUGUAUGUCCGUUUCGUGUUAAGCACGCCAGCUUUUUGUGUUCGAGGACUUCAGUAGUAGGUUCAAAUGAAAGAAGUUAGUAGCUUAUGAAACGAAUAAGUUUGUCAUCAACGUAACGUUGCGACAGAAUUAUUCUCGUACCGAAGCGUGCAAAGCAAGUGGUUCUCCAUUUCGCCUCAUUCUCCUAAAUAUUUAUGAACGCUGUGAUGCAAAUCUCGAAAGUAUUGGUAUACGUGUUGUCUUGUCACCGCUGUCUAUUGUAUAAUAUUUUUCUUCAGUGCUAUGAGGUAUGAAGCGUAAAUAUGAAAAUGAAUGUAAGGAUAUAUAUAUACUGUACCUAGAACGGGUUCGUCGCGCGUUAAAUCUAAGAAGAUUGUAGUCUUCGAUGCUAUGCUUUCAGAUAUACUGCAGCGUUAGGUGCGCAUCAUUAGGUGUGACUCGAGGCAUUUUACAGAAACGCUAAGCCACACCUAAAAAGUUACACAAUUAUUUGAAAUAGCGACUCGUGAACUUAAAGCCUAAUUGUACGUAUUUUGGCGUCUUCGUGUAUAGUUUGAUUAAAUAAUUUUGUAGAUAUAGUCUAUGUUAAAGCCUGUAAUAUUUUGCAUAUGGUGAUUUAGAUUGUUUUGGUGCAGUCUGACUAAAUUUUUACCUAAUUUCGCACCAAGCGUUCCUGCCUAUCGGAAAUACUGCGUCCGCCGUGACUGAAGUCUGCUGUUUCAUGAGCGCUCUUUGAUUUCAAUUAUUUGUGUGCCUCAAGAAAGCCUGGACUUUGUCAUUAUGUCAACUUUUUGCCCCUACCAAUCUUUGGUUCAUAAAUCGUAAGGAGUUUCGUAUAGAAACAGAUUUUCAGCGUUGAAUUAUUUGAUUAGUGAUUUUUAUCAGAAAUUCCCAAUGUGAAAUUAUUCCGAGAAGAUCUGGAAUUCUUAAGUAGAGAGAAUGUACCACUUGAUUGAAUUAAUUAACUCCAAAUUCCACUGUUUCCUUGGGUGAGGCUAGACUUGCUCUCACUUGCGUGUUUUAUACUUGACUUAUUACACCACGCUAAAAUCUGCAUCAACCGUUCACGUACAAUUUUUCCUAAUUCUGCCUAAAGCCUAGCAUCAUCUGAACGUCUAUUGCUUCCACCUAAAUAUAUCUUUCCUCUUUGAA